AUGUCUGCUGUCAAGCACCUCCUCUCGAAGCUGUCACUUGACAAGUCCAGUAAUGCUCCGCGGGAGCAUACGCACGCCGACCAUCCAUCGCUACAUGAGCCGUCGCGGGAGGAGAUCGAGAAAGAGGAACAGAGAGCUGAGCGGGCACGCAUAGACGAAGAGCAGGCCAAGGAACGGGAAGCUAAUAAGAGGGAGGCGUACGAGGCUAGGAAAGAGGAGGAACCCGUCUGCUUCAGAGCACGAGUCCAUCAUGUCCGAGCAAUAAGCCCGAAGAUCAUGUUCCUGAUAUUCCGACAGCAAAUUCAUACCAUCCAGGGGGUUCUUGCAGUUCAGGAGGGUGCCAUUUCGGAGAACAUGGUCCGCUGGGCUGAGGGACUAAGCCGCGAAACCAUAGUCCUGGCUCAUGGGAAGCUACAGAAACCCCGGGAGGGUCAGGAGGAAGUGUCUACGACGACGGUGCACAACUUCGAGGUCAGAGUCGAGAAGUUAUUCGUCAUCGCAGAACCUAGUGUGCCUCUGCCCUUCCAGGUGGAAAUUGCUAGUCGUCCGAAGACCACAGAAGACCAAGAGGAUUAUCAUCAAGUACGAGUCGGCGAGCGGACGCGACUAGACAAUCGGGUCAUUGACCUUCGUACUCCCACUCGGCAAGCCAUCUUCCGGAUCCACGCGGGCCUGACACGCCUGUUCCGCGAAUUCCUUGAUUCCCGCCGAUUCAUAGAGAUCCACACAUCGAAAUUCGAAGAGUCCGGGGUCGAAAGCGGCGCGAGCCUGUUCAGGGUAGAUUACUUUGGUCGGCCAGCAUUCCUGGCACAGAGCCCGCAGGUGGGGAAACAGAUGUGCAUCGCAGCGGAUCUGGAAAGGGUGUAUGAGGUCGGACCUGUAUUCAGGGCAGAGAAUUCGAAUACGCACCGCCAUUUGACGGAAUUCACUGGCCUCGACGUUGAGAUGGCGAUUGAGCGGGACUACACCGAAGUCAUGGAUCUGCUUGAUCAAAUGAUCCUACAUAUCCUCCGAGGUUUGCAAGAACGAUAUCGAGACGAGAUAGAGACAGUGAAAUUACAGUUCCCGCACGAGGACUUUGUUUUCCUAGACAAGACGCCCAGACUUAAGUUCGCAGAAGGCAUCCAGCUUUUGAAGGAGGCCGGGUGGAAAGAGGAAGACGGAUCCGAUCCGUCCGAGUACGAGGACCUGAGCACGAAGGCGGAGCAGAGAUUGGGACAGUUGGUGAAAGAGAAGUAUCACACAGAUUAUUACAUUCUCGACAAGUUCCCGCUUUCUGCCAGGCCUUUCUACACGAUGCCAGAUCCUAACAACGAUAAUUUCUCAAACUCUUUUGAUUUCUUCUUGAGAGGCGAGGAAAUUUUGUCCGGCGGACAGCGAAUCCAUCAUGCGCUCAUGCUUGAGCAGCGGAUGAGAAGUGCCGGCCUCGAUCCUGAUUCCAUGAAAGAGUACGUAGACGGGUUUAGGUGGGGCUGUCCUCCGCAUGGAGGAGGCGGCAUAGGACUCGAGCGAGUCAUCAUGCUCUUCCUCAAGCUUGGUAACAUCAGAUGGGCCAGCCUCUUCCCUCGCGACCCGAAGAGCUUUUCCAGGAGCGGGAAUGACUCAGUGGAGACAACAGCAGCCCUAGCACAGCAAGCGCUGUUACAAGGCCCAGAGUCUUCUACCGUUGCCAAGAGACAAGGAAAGGAUAUGCCUCCGUUGGAGAAUCUCAUUGCGAAGUACGGCGACGGAACGAACACUUCUUGGACCGACCCUUCCUGGACUGUCUGGCGGGACGAGAAGACCGGAGCCGCAGUUGGCUACAUGACUAAGAGCGGGUUUGCUAUAGCGUUCGGCAAUCCGUUAUGCGAGACGAAGCAGAUACCGCAAGUCGCCCAAGCAUACCUUGGUUAUCUUAGGCAGGAAAACUUGAAGCCGAUAUGGUGUUGCGUUGAUGCAGAGACGGAGAGCUACCUGACAGAUUCACUGGGCUGGAGUUCCGUAAUUGCAGUAGCGAAUCAGAAGCUCAACCCUGCACAGGCUGAUCUGGAGGACGACAAGAAUGUCAGGCGCAAAAUGCACAGGAUGGAGCGGGAGGGGCUUCAGGUCGCUGAGAUUCAGGGCGAGGUGGACAAAGAGACGAGAGAUGAGCUCGAAAAGAAGCUGGAAGAAUGGAGGGCUUCGCGGAGUGGUAGACAGUUUCAUCUAACGGGUGUCAGGCCUUUCGAUGACAUGAAUCAUCGCUUGUAUUAUAUCGCGAGGGACAAGGAAGGCCGGAUCUGCGCGCUUGUAGUGCUUGCUGAGAUAGCUGCUGCGAGAGGCUUCCAGGUUAAGUGGGCGCUGGAAUUUCCCGGAGCGCCGAGCGGCUCCAUUGAGUAUACCUUGAGUUAUGUCAUCAAGAAGAUGGGUGAGGCUGGAGUGCAGAGCGCGACCUUUGGUCCAGGGGCAAGUCAACACCUCCAUAGUGCAGACAACGUGUCUGGUGUCACUAUGAAGAUCCUCGAGAAGAGCUAUAACGGUAUCGCGAGCCGCUUCAAUCUCACUAACAAGAGUCUAUUCCGUACCAAGUUCGGGGUGGAGGAAGAGCCAUUGUAUGUCUGCUAUCCCAAAGGCGGUAUAGGUCUGAAGGGGGUGAAAGCGAUUUUGGACUAUGAAUGA